GCCCCACGCCGUCUUGCACUGCUGCAUGGUGCCUUGCACGCCGUGUCCCUGCAGCCGGAGCAUGAUGUCCUACAUCAAGCAGCCCCACUACGCUGUCAACGGGCUGACACUGGCCGGGCCGGGCAUGGAUUUGCUGCACUCUGCUGUGGGCUACCCUGGUGAGCAGAGGGGGGGUUUGCACGAGGGGGUUGCACGGGGGGAGGCCGCCCGGCUGCGGGAGGGCACGCAGGGCCCCUGCUCCUCGCCCUGCCGCUCACAGCGCCGUUCCCCCCAGGUGUGGUUCAAGAACCGCCGCGCCAAGUGCCGCCAGCAGCAGCAGCAAAGCAGCGGGCAGCCCAAGGCCCGCCCGGCCAAGAAGAAACCCUCCCCGCCACGAGAACCCCAAAACGACGCCGGGGGGGCCGGGCCCUACAGCCCCCCCCAACCCGGCCCCGCGGGGACCCCCGGUUCCACCGCCCCCGUCUCCAUUUGGAGCCCGGCUUCCAUCUCCCCGGUGCCGGACCCGUUGGCCACGGGCACCGCUCCGGGUUUGCCCCGUUCCGCCCCAUUUUCCGCGCCGCCCUACAACCAAGCGGCCCCGUACGGGCAGAGCUACGGGGGCUCGGCCGCUUAUUUCGGGGGCCUGGACUGCGGCGCUUACCUCUCCCCCAUGCACCCCCCUCUGGGGGCUCCCGGCGCCGCCCUCAGCCCCUUGGGGGCACCCAUGGGUGCUCACCUGACCCCUUCCCCCGCCGCUCUGUCCGGGCAGAGCUUUGGGGCGGCGGGGUUGGGUUUCGGGGCGGUCGAUUGCCUGGAAUACAAGGAGCAGGCGGGUGCGUGGAAGCUCAACUUCAACGCGGCCGAUUGCCUGGACUACAAGGAGCAGAGCUCCUGGAAGUUCCAGGUGUUGUGA